AUGAAGUUCUGGUCCCAGCUUCGGUUGCUCCUAUGGAAAAAUUGUUUAAGUCACUCGCGGCAGAAGCUGCGAGUCGUCAUAGAGAUCAUCUGGCCCUUAUUACUGUUCCUGAUACUGAUGUGGGUGCGGACCCGCGGUCUCAAGCUCUAUAUUCACGAAUGUCAUUUCGAUCAGAAAGCGAUGCCCUCAGCAGGAUUGAUCCCGUUCGUUCAGAGCACGGUAUGUACUCUGAACAACACGUGUCAUGACAAAAUGGCAUCGGACAACCGAUAUACUUUCGAAUACAACACCUCUCUACUUCUACAAUUAAUGGGUGAUGUCGACAACAUAGUCCGGGAGAAACUCCACGGAGAGACUCUUAACUCAAUCCGGAAGCUAUCCUUCGACCUCCAGGAGCUUUCGGCUUUUGUUAAAAAAGUCACUAAUCCACAAAUACCCUUGAAAGGGAAGAUAUGGGUGAAAAAUAUUCUCCGAGUGAAGUCUGCAGAGGAAUUCGUCGAAACGUUCAAAGAGGUGAACGUAACGAUACCCGAUUCCGUAGCAGAAAGAUUCUAUGAUGUUUCUCUGAGCGUCAGCGGAUUGCAGCAGAUUUUCGAUCGAGGUCGGCAAGACAUCUACUCGCAUCUGUGCAGCUCUGACGCUCUCCAGAAGCUGCUAGACAUCAUGGAUAACAACGCCGACUCCUUGCCACAGCAAUUAUGCAAUUUGACUGAGCCCGAGGCAAUUUUGUUCACCUCGAACGUAGUUCGCAAUUUCGACUGGAACGCUACCCUCACCGAGAUAGCUGGGGUAACGGAGAAGAGCGGUUACGACAUCGGUCAGGAGGAUUGGCGGAAAGCGUUGUCCACGGCGCAGCAGGUCCGAAAGGAAGUGUCCGAUCUCAGUAGUCUGCGGGAAAUGCUCAACAGUCUCUCCAGGAAGGUUUCUGAAUUGAAUCGACUGAUGGACCUGAGUGACGCGAACUCGACGAUUCGUUUCGUUCAAGCUGUAGUUUGUGGCCGAAAUUCGACGACUCUUCUAGACACCGAGCAUGGACCCGCUCAGCGGAUUGAAGAGUUCAGAGAGCAGAUCAAUUCAAACUUGCAGCAAAGCUCUCAGAAUUCCGACAAGAAAAACGACGACAAAUACGUCUACGACAACGCUACUUCGCAACGAUGUAAUGCCAUCUUCAAAACGCUCGAAGAAAAUCAGAUCACCUUAUUCCUGUGGAAACAGCUGAAACCCUACGUUCGGGGCAAGAUUCUCUACUCCCCGAGGAACGUGGCAACUUUCAAGAUAAUCGAACGCGUGAAUAAAACAUUCGAACCCCUGCUGGCCAUCCGAGAUUUGGCGCACACUUGGUCCACCACUGUUCAGCCAAAAAUACAGGAUUGGAUGAAGAACCACUCUGAAGCAGUAGAUCAAAUAAAGAAACUCUCGACGACGGGAAGUCUGAAUUUUUUGAUGAUGAUGGAGGAGCACGUGAACAAUGCUAGUAGAACCACAGGAGACAAUGUGAAUUCGACUGGCGUGACGGAGACCUUAGGAUGGCUCGCUAAUGUUCCUGAGUACAUUCAAGGAGCGAACAGAAUCGCUCAUGAGAUCGAAAACGCACUGAACGUGAGUAGAACGCUUGAUGAAGUUCGAUGA